CACAACAGAGAGAUGCGCACUGAGCUAUAAGACGAGGCGGUUGUUCAGUGCGGUAAAAAAAUAUAUAAGAAAAGCAAUAAGCAAUAAAGCUCCUGAGGAGUUGGACUUUCUGUUGAUAAGGGAUAUCAUUUCUCAUAAGGUGUCUCUGUUGUCUAGCAGAUGAAUUUUGAGCAGCCUCCUCCGUACCAGGCCCCUGGUUAUCCCCAGCAGGGUUACCCCCCGCAGGGUUACCCCCAGCAGGGAUACGCCCAGCAGGGAUACCCUCCCCAGGGUUACCCCGUAAACAUGGAGCAACCUGGAGGAUUCCCUCCUCAAAACCCAGGCUACCCUGCUGGCCCCGGGGGACCCCCUGGACCCUACCCCGGCCAGGGACAAGCAGGCCCCUACCAGGAGGGCUACCCUGGACAGCCCCAGUUUGGAUGGCAAGGAGGACCACCCCCAGGACCCAUGUAUGGAGAGGCACCUAAAAACACAGUGUACGUGGUGGAGGAGAGAAGGAGAGAUGAUUCAGGAGACACGUGUCUGACUGCUUGUUGGACGGCUCUCUGCUGCUGCUGCUUGUGGGACAUGCUCACAUAACCUCUGACCCCUGACAUUUACCCUUAUCUGCUUUGACCCUUACCCUUUACCUCCUAACCCUUAACCCAAAGUCCCUCUCAUCUGUAAUAGAAAACAAGUACUGGAAGCAAUAGAACACUAUGAAMAUCUGGGAAACCAGGCCUGGUAUUUAUAGCGGACUUUGAAAAGCCCUUUGAUAAAGUACAACUAGAAUUUAUAUGUAAAUGCCUGGACUAUUUUAAUUUUGGAGAGUCUCUUAUGCAAUGGCUUAAAGUUAUGUAUAGUAACCCCAGGUGUAAAAUAGUAAAUAAUGGCUACUUCUCGGGAAGUAUUAAAUUGUCAAG